GUAUUAAAUGUCGCUGCUAUAAACCCAACCUCACACGUCAUUGCUAACUGUCAAAGUGUUGGCAUUUGUACAAACAGGCCCAGAACCCUUCGGAAUAAUAGCUAACAAAACCGAAAACGAGGAAAAAUCAGUUUUAUUUAGUUGAGUGAAAACUGUACAAUCUUUUCAUAAGCAAAAAUUGGAAUCCUACAAGCUUUGAAAAGUACUGGUAAAACAGGAAAAACGCCCCAGCACACGGAAUCUAGAAAGUUCAAAAUGACCACUAGAAAAUUAUCUCUUAAACGGAGCCACCAGCAAAUUUCGAGUUUGGUUAUAAUUGUAUUGCUUACGCUUUAUAACAAAAUUCCCGUAGUAAAAAGCGUUGAGCUUACGUUCGAGUUAACAGACAACGCAAAGGAAUGUUUCCAUGAGGAGAUACAAAAAAACCAAACAGCAACGUUGGAGUUUCAGGUUGUCAGCGGUGGAAGAUACGAUGUCGAUGUCACUCUGGAAAGCCCCACUGGGGAAGUGAUCUAUCGGCAAAUAAAAACGCAAUUUGAUUCUUAUCAAUUCAUCGCUGCGGCCACCGGCGUUUACGCUGCAUGUUUCAGCAACGAGUUCUCUACCUUUUCACAUAAAAUUGUGUACAUGGACUUCCAAGUAGGCGAGGAACAGCCAUUACCUGGCAUUGACGAGCAUGCAACUGUGCUAACGCAAAUAGAAACGUCGGCUCAGGAGAUCCAUAAGGGACUAAAUGCUAUCCUUGACUAUCAAACUCAUCACCGGCUGCGAGAAGCUCAAGGAAGGAAGCGUGCGGAAGAUCUGAACGAACGUGUCUUGUGGUGGUCACUGACGGAAACAGUCGCCAUUCUCGUAAUAGCAAUCGGACAGGUGUUGGUGUUAAGAAACUUCUUCUCGGAAAAGAAACCUAGCCAAAUGAAUUAUCCUAUAAUGAAAUAAUAAAAAUCUCUGUCGACAUUAUAUUGACCACAACUGUAUUAGAUCAAAUAAUGUGAAACGACUGGAAUUGUA